UUUUUUUCCUUUUUCAAAUUAUUAAGUUUCAGAAGUUUGGAGAAUGUAAAGUUACAAAAAUGUAAUAGAUGACUUGGAUUGUUUAAACACAUCUCUGGAAUGAGAAUACAGUUUUUUAAAAAGGAAGCUGAGGUCUGGAGAGGUGGCUCAGCCAUUAAGAAACCUUUCUGCUUCUGUAGAGAACAGGAAAUAGUUCGCAGCACCCACACAGGGCUGCUCACAAGUUCUGGAAACUCUAGCUUCAGGAGAUUCAACACUCUUUUUCUUCUGGUCUACACCCUCCACAUACAUCCCCAAACACCUAGCAAGUAAUUCUGUGUCUGUCAUUUUGAAGUGCAUGUUUCAGCCAGGGCCGAGGAUAUCUUUGUAAAGUGAAACACCUUCUUUGAGGAUGAGGAGUCUUGAACUGUUCACAGAUGGUCCACAGAUUCCAACAGAAUUGCAUUUACUCUGGCUUCGGAUGUUAUUUGACUCAUAUGCAUCAGGCUUAUUGCUACAAAAUGUGAUUUCAACCAAAGAAAAUAUUUUAUUAAAAAUGUUUCUGAAAUGAGAUCAAGGUUUUGGUUCGAAAGCUUAAAUGGGAUGGUCUAGGCUGUAUGUACAGUGAAAAACUACUUCUUCUGAUAAAAAAUUACCAUCACUGCUUGUUAAUGUUUUCAAGUUUUAAGAAACGGCCAACUGUUAUCCAAUAUGAUCAUAUCUUCUAUUGUGCACAGUAGUAGUGAGAUUACAAAGCUCUCUGCCCUCCUCACUAAGACUCCUAAGGGCAGCUCUGUAUGAGUGUGGUGUCCUAUGGGGAUUUUAAUUUGCAUUCUUCAAUGUCUAAUGGCCGUGAACUUCCUUCUGUGCACUUUUUGCCUCUUGCACAUCUUCUUGCUCAUCCAGUCAGUCAAUAUUUUAUUAAAAAAGAAAUGCACACAUUGGCUCAUAAAAAUGUAUAUUCUCACUCUGGGCUAAAUUGUGUUUUAAAAUUUUUUUGUGUGUAAAGUACUGACCCAAUGAGUGUAUUUAGAGAUUGAUCUACAAGGAAACAUUUAAGGUUAAAAGAGUUUGUAAGAGUGAUACCCUGACACUGAAGGAUUUGUGUUCUUAUAAUAAAUCCCAAAAUGCUUGCUUCCAUGAACACUCAUAUAAAGAGAGUGCACAACAAGGUGGAGGGUGCCUUCAAGUCAAGACGCUCCUUGUUAGAAUUGGACCUUGCUGGCAUAAUGAACUUGGACUUCCAGUUUCCAGAAAAAUGUCUAUUGUGUAAGUUACUUAAUCUCUGUUCCAUUAUGGCAGUCUGGGCUGACAAAGAUGAUGUGCUUACUCAUUUAUUUAUUUGUAAUGCUCAAAAUUGGAAAGCAUCCAAAUGAAUAAAAUAUAUAUACACACACAUGGUGUGUAUGUGUGUAAAAUGGAAUGCUACGGAGCAAUAAAAUCGAAUGAACUAUUUAUACAGCACAGAUAAAUCUCAAAAUGAUUGUACUGAGUAAAACAAAGCAAACAUGCACGGGCGCGCGCGCGCACACACACACACACACACACAGAGAGAGAGAGAGAGAGAGAGAGAGAGAGAGAGAGAGAGAGAUUGAGAUUGACACUGUGAAUCCAUUAUAUAAAUUUGAGAAGGUGUAGAUAAUCUAUAGUGACAGAAAGCAGGUCUGUGGUUUCCUGGGAGGGGUGCAUAGGGAGGUAUGUGAGGGUGGGAAUCUGAGCAUGCUGGGAGUAAACUAGAGAUGAUGCAUAUAUCAUAUAUUUAUCAGUUUGAUUGUGGUGACAAUUGUACGGGUGUAUAUAUAUGCCAAAAUGUAAGUUGCAUACUUUAAAUAUAUGUAACAAUGGUGUGUCAGUCAUAUUCAGUAAUGCUGCUAAAAAUGUGUGGGAUUUUCUUAUCUAUAGGAAGCUUCAGUUUUGUAUUAAGCAGGUUUUUUUUAAUGCUCUUAUCUCUAAUCUCCGAUAAAGAGAUGGAAAAGAAAAUGCCUCGCUUAGUAAAGGCUGCCGCAUGUAUGGAAUGCCACUGCUUUGUAACAGAAUUACCAUCAAUUGCGCCUGUCACUAGGAGAGCAACAGACAAAAACCAAACCAAAAAACCUUAGAACAGGUAGAUGGCCGAGAACUCACAACCGAAAGACAAAAGGUUACACUCAGGGUUUUCUCUUUCUCUUUUUCUUGGCUUUUUACAGGCUUAGAUGGUUAUGCUACAUAUUGUGGUAAAGAAAGAAAACCACUAAGGUAUAGUUCUUUCGAUUUCUUCCUCCCUCUGUCUUCAUCUUCCUCCCCUGCCCCGUUUUUUCGAGACAGGUUUUCUCUGUGUAGGCCUGGCUAUCCUGGAACUGUCUGGAAUUCGCUCUGUAGACCAGGUUGGCCUCGAAAUCAGAGAUCUGCCUGCCUCUGCCUCGGGAGCACUGGGAUUAAAGGCGUGCGCCAAUCUUAUUUGGCGAUUAAAGACAGGAUAGCUGCAUCUCAGAAAAGCCUCCACACUGAGAUGUUAAAAGUAAGAGGUUUAAGUUCGAUAAAACGUUUACAGUAGAUCUCAAAGUUGCAUAUGGAAUUUGAUUAAAAUCUCAAAGCCUGCCUCAGUAUCAGAAACACUGGAAGAUAAACUAGGGUUUUACUGAUAAUGGGGCGCAUCGGUUAAGUUUACUGGAAGUUGAGAAAAGCGAAGCUUCAUACAGAAGUACUUCGUGGGAAGUCACUGUGUAGACAACUUUGUCCAAUUGAUGCAAAACUGCUUUUUUUCCCCAGUGUAGGCGACACCAAGUUUUUACUUAAGAGCUAGCUUUUUAGUUUAUUAUUAUUAUUAUUAUUUGUUUUUAUAUUUCAAAUGUUAUCCUCUUUCCCGGUUUCCCCUCUGCAAAUCCCCUAUCCUAUCCCCUCUUACCCUACUUCUAUGAGGGUGCUCCCCCACCCACUUAUUCACUCCCGCCUCACCGCCCUAGCAUUCCUCUACACUGGGGCACUUCUUAGGUUUUAAGCAAAAAAAAAAAAAAUUGAGUUUUGACUAUGCAAGCUAACAAGUGGUAGAAGAGCAAAUUCACAGUUGAUGUCAAGUUCUUUCUCGUUCUAAUAGUUGAUACAGAACAAAGUUCUGCAAGGCACCCCUCCCCGCCACGCCCCACUCGGUGGUGCGUCCUCCCUUUUGCGGUCUGUGACUGCGACAGUCCUAAUUCGCUGCUGCUUCCCAGCUAGAGCUCAGACUGCACCUGCUCCCAAGGCCAGCGGGGGUCCUGGUCUUCCACACUCCGCUUGAAUUGCUUGUGCACGGACACGACGACCCGCCAGGGGUCACUGCAGCCUCAGAGCUAUUGUGCCCACCAGUGCCUGGUCCCGGCUGGCCGCUCCGAGGGCGUGGGACUGGGACCGCAGAACGCAAGGGUCGGAGCAGAACUGCGCCUUGCCGGUCCAGAGCCAACCUUCCGGUCUCCCUGGGAAACGAACGCGGUGACCUCGCGACAGCAGCGCGGCUCCGGCAGCGCAGGCGUUCUCUCCAGGACCUGCAAGCACCUAGCCAGACUGACCACCUCCGCUCCGCCCUCCAUUGAGACCCCGCCCUGAAGGGGGGCGCUCGGGUCACCGUCCCGGGGCUCCUACUUCAGUUUCGAGGCCUUUUGCCGACGCCCCGGGCCGGGGCUGGCUGUACCUGGGCUGCUCCCGCCCAGGGCUCCGCCCCACGCGCCACCAAGAACUUUCCCUGGAGCCACAGAGGCCUGGCACCCUGGGUCCUGCCGCGCCCGGCCGCAGGUCCGCAGACGCCCGGCUUUUCCAGGACCUUUGGGAAAGGAAGCUUGAACUUGGCCAUCUCCGCAGGAUGAGUUCGGGGACCCUCGGACGGAAGCCGCGGCCCACGACAAGCUGACCUCCCCCAGUUGGUUUCGGUCGCCACCCCUGUCUCCAGAAGAGGAGCCGUAGCCCCAGGAUGCGCGGGGACCCGCCGCCCCCGGUUCCCAGUUCCGCGGACGCUUCCCGGGCGACUCCGGGCUCCUGACGCUCCGGGGCGUGCUCACCCUCCCGCCUCCGCCCCCCGAGCUUCUCGGGGUGCCCUCGGCUCGACCGCAGAACCUCAGACCUUAACCCCACCUGGGGGCCCCACCCAGACCCGCGCUUCUCGCCCUCUACACGGCGCGCACAAUAAAUUAAUGCUUCGCGCUUGAGGGGAGGCGGCGGCGGGCGCCGCGGUCGCAGCUCUCGCCUUGCUGGAGAAGCUUUCAGCCGACAUGGGCUGUUUCUGCGCCGUUCCGGAAGAAUUUUACUGCGAAGUUUUGCUCCUGGACGAGUCCAAGCUCACCCUCACCACCCAGCAGCAGGGCAUCAAGAAGUCAACAAAAGGCUCUGUUGUCCUUGACCACGUUUUCCGUCACAUAAACCUCGUGGAGAUAGAUUAUUUUGGGCUGCGGUACUGUGACAGAAGCCAUCAGACAUAUUGGCUGGAUCCCGCAAAAACCCUUGCAGAACACAAGGAGCUGAUCAACAGUAGCUGGACCUCCAUAUACUUUGUAUUUUGGUAUUAAAUUCUAUGCUGAAGAUCCAUGUAAACUCAAAGAAGAAAUAACCAGAUAUCAGUUUUUCUUACAGGUGAAGCAAGAUGCCCUUCAGGGCCGGCUGCCUUGCCCUGUCAAUAUUGCUGCUCAGAUGGGGGCAUAUGCCAUCCAGGCCGAACUGGGAGACCACGACCCAUACAAGCACACUGCGGGGUAUGUGUCGGAGUACCGGUUUGUUCCUGAUCAGAAGGAAGAGCUGGAAGAAGCCAUAGAAAGGAUUCAUAAAACUCUAAUGGGUCAGGCUCCUUCCGAAGCUGAGCUGAAUUACUUGAGGACUGCCAAAUCCCUGGAGAUGUAUGGUGUUGACCUCCAUCCUGUCUAUGGAGAAAAUAAGUCCGAGUACUUCUUAGGCUUGACUCCAUCGGGAGUUGUCGUCUAUAAGAAUAAAAAGCAAGUGGGGAAGUAUUUCUGGCCUCGGAUUACAAAGGUGCACUUCAAGGAAACCCAGUUUGAGCUCAGAGUCUUGGGAAAAGACUGUAAUGAAACCUCAUUCUUUUUUGAAGCUCGAAGCAAAACUGCUUGCAAGCACCUCUGGAAAUGCAGCGUAGAGCACCAUACGUUUUUCAGAAUGCCGGACACAGAAUCAAAUUCAUUAUCAAGAAAACUCAGCAAGUUUGGGUCCAUAAGUUAUAAACAUCGGUACAGUGGCAGGACAGCUUUGCAAAUGAGCCGAGAUCUUUCUAUCCAACUUCCCCGGCCCAAUCAGAACGUGGUGAGAAGUCGAAGCAAGACUUACCCCAAGAGGGUAGCACAGACUCAGCCCACUGGAUCAAACAACAUCAAUCGGAUAACUGCAAACACGGAAAACGGGGAGAAUGAAGGAACCACCAAGAUCAUUGCGCCUUCCCCAGUGAAAAGUUUUAAGAAAGCAAAGAAUGAAAACAGCCCUGACCCCCAAAGAAGCAAAUCUCAUGCACCUUGGGAAGAAAACGGACCGCAGAGCGGACUAUACAACUCCUCCAGUGACCGCACUAAGUCACCAAAGUUUCCCUGUGCCCGGCAGCGCAACCUCUCCUGCGGCAGUGACAAUGACUCCUCGCAACUGAUGAGGCGAAGGAAAGCUCACAACAGUGGCGAAGACUCAGAUCUCAAGCAGAGGAGGAGGUCACGCUCACGCUGUAACACAAGCAGUGGUAGUGAGUCAGAAAAUUCUAACAGAGAACACCGGAAAAAGAGAAACAGAACCCGCCAGGAGAAUGACAUGGUUGACUCGGGGCCUCAGUGGGAAGCCGUGUUAAGGAGACAGAAGGAAAAGAACCAAGCGGACCCUAACAACCGGAGAUCCAGACACAGAUCUCGCUCAAGAAGUCCUGACAUCCAAGCAAAAGAAGAACUGUGGAAGCACAUCCAGAAGGAGCUUGUGGACCCAUCUGGACUGUCAGAAGAGCAGCUGAAGGAGAUCCCGUACACUAAAGUAGAGACUCAGGGUGACCCGGUCCGCAUCCGGCAUUCUCAUUCCCCGCGGAGUUACCGGCAGUACCGAAGAUCCCAGUGUUCAGACGGAGAACGAUCCGUUCUCUCGGAAGUGAACUCAAAGACAGAUCUUGUACCACCACUUCCGGUCACCCGUUCCUCAGAUGCUCAGGGGUCUGGAGGCUCGACAGUUCAUCAGAGGAGAAAUGGGUCUAAAGACAGCUUGAUUGAAGAAAAGUCUCAGCUAUCUACAAUCAACCCGGCUGGGAAACCUACAGCAAAAACCAUAAAAACCAUCCAGGCUGCUCGCCUCAAGGCAGAGACUUGACGGGCUGGGUGCGGGGUAGGAAGGGAAAUUCGUGCCGUGCCACUGGUACUUCUGAAACUGUGAAUUAGGUCAUUAUCCAUGCACCCUGGACAUGUGUCUUUAGCAUCGUCUAAGGAUUUAUGUACAGCAUUCUUGUGCUCUGGGCCUUUGGGAGGACAACCUUAUAAACUCACUGGAUACCACCAUCUAUUUCCUGAAAUUCUGACCAUCCAACUCUCCACCCAGUCAAGACCAGCAACUUCCGAUGAGCCCCUGGACUCUGGGCCUGCAUCAGACUGGUGACUUUUAUUCCCACAAAACUGUUUCUAAUAUUGUAUCCCGUGGCACUAAGUCCCAACGGUUAUCUACAAAUAAUGUAAAAAGCUGUUAAGUGUUGAUUUGAAUUUAAGUGUCCUUGUCUUGUGUUUUCUGAGGAAAAAAAAAAAGCCCAUGUGGGCUGUCCCAGACCCUACACACCUGCCCACCCAUGUUCCCAAGUUUUGGACCUUUACCUGUGCAUGAUGGCUUUUCAGACAGGAACAGCACUCAGAAAGAACCCUCAGCAUUGUGCCAUCAGCUGUGACCCAUCCUUUUCUGUAGCAGUCUCUGGCUUCCUUUAAACUCUGCUGUCACUACUUAAGCCUUUGCUUUGAAGACAGGACCUCAAGAGACCUCCGCUGGCUCAAGAGCUAUGUCAGUUUUAUUACUGCCCCGUAAUCAAACUUUAUCCCACAAAUGCCUCCAGCUAUUUGAGGGUUCAGUUGGGGGGUAGACUGCUCAGUGAUAGUGCUUGCCAAGCUCUACCCUUAACUCCUUAGGUUGAACUGUGGCCUUUCCCACAAUCUCCCUCACCCCAAACUAAAACCAAAUCCAAGGAUUCCUUCCCACGCAGUGUCCUGUCCUCAAUGUCUUCAUUCUUCUGCUGUAAUUCUAGGCUGCCUCUACAUCCCACCUCACUGUGGUAACAUCUCAGUCCACCUGCGUGGAACUGCCCUGCUCCAUCUCCCCAUCUUGCUUUAAUAAAACCUAAGCCUUA